CAUCAAAGGAUGCCGCCAUUUACUGUUAGAGCUCCGUACACUUCAAAACCCACAUCCAGCAAUUGUCUCCCUUGGACGAUCGUUUAUCUGUUAUUGAUCAUAGUCGCCAGCCAAUGGGCUCUUUUGAACGUUGCGCUGAAUCGACCAGAUAUCAAGAAAGGAUACGAAAGUCAUUCAUUGCCGCUUCGUCAGAAGGAGAGUGUUCAUUCGACUAUUCCUCAGUCAAACAGAGAAGAGAAUGUCACAAAAAACCAGGGAACCAGCCAACUCGAGGCGGAAAUCCAAGGCGUUUUCACAACGGUGCUCUUUCGGGCUCCUAAAUGGUUUCACUUGCGCUAUCUCGGGAUCCUUCACAAUGCCUUGUCCAAUCUACCUCCGCACUGGAAGUUGCACAUUUUUAUCAAUGAGGAAUGGAUCCGAUCUCAAGUGUAUCCUUGGCAAAGCGGGCUGCAACGGUUCCUUAUGGAUCCUCCUUCUCGCGUGAAAGUCACCCCAUUACCGCCGUAUUUGACUCGGGGCAAACCGAAGCAAAUUUUGGUCGACCAAUGGUUUUGGAACAGCCUUUUGGCUGACCACGUUUUGAUCUUUUCGGGCAACGGUGCGUUUUGUGGUAACCACAUGGAUGCGCACAUUUGGAAUGAAUUAAAUCUCCUCGACUACGGUGGCACACCAUGGUCAAUGGGUGUAGGCGGAGACGGUAGCAGCCACUCGAUCCGGAACCGUCAUGCUAUGCUGAAAGUCAUCGUUUACGCCAACAGUACAGGUAAGCCUUUAAAUCCAUUGUCCGGGAGGGAGCACGACUUUUUUGUGAAUACCAUGAAGGAAAUGAACGAAAAGAAUUUGGCCAGGUUUACGCUAGCUAGUGUCGAGCAAACAGUCCGAUUCGGCGGGGUCACGAAUCUAGCUAACGAAACAGGCACGAUUCAUGUCCCGUUGGUAGCGGCUGGAACGCAGGCGCGUUUAUCAUAUGAAGAACGCGACUCUUUGCUUAAGCACUGUCCCGAAAUCAAGAUGAUCUUCCCGUCACUACACGAGCCUGCCUGUUUUGGAGCACAUCCCAAUCCAGAGAAGUGCCGAGCUAGCAUAUGUGCCCUACAAGACGACAUUCCAAAGCAUGGUUGCUGACGAGCAUUAGACACAGAUGAAGCCUCCAUUAAAGACUUAGCGAUUUUUAUUUGAAUUUGUAGAGUAUUGCUGUGGAUUGGGCCUCCACCUUAUGGUCCGACAUGCCAUUUGUGAAUGAUCAAAAAACGAAAAAUGUUGCAAUGAUUCAGAUCCAUCGCCAGGGAACCGAUCAACAUAGAACGAGCCUCACACCAACGUUUACGAUGAAGCAGACAUGAAGCUUGCCAUGUAUAAAGAAUUUUUAAAUCUGAGUAUUAUAUCAAGUGUUU